AUGGCCGGAACCACUAACCCGUCGGCCCCGACGAGACGGACCCCGCAGGCAUGUACGACUUGCCGGCGACGCAAGACGAAAUGCGAUGGGUCGCGCCCACGCUGCCGGUACUGCAAGGCCAAGGGUGUUCUCUGCAGCUGGCCAUAUCCAACCCCCAGUAUUGACGGACCAGAUGAAUUCGUGGCCACGAGUCCGUCGGCGCCUGCACCGGGGGCAGUCUAUGCAGCAGCAACGCCGGCAUCGAGCAACAUCGUCGUGGCCACAAGCCCGGAACUGCCGGCCAGGAGAGCACUGGACCGCUGUUUCUCUCUCUUCUACGAACGGCAUCUUUGCAGCGACUUCUGCUCGUUCCUGUACCGCCCGGGCUUUGAGGAGAACUACUCACAGCAUCAAUUCCUCGUCUUGGCCAUUGUUGCUCUGUGCGCCCGUUAUCUAACGCCACAAGAAGCACAGCGAGACUUUGGCUUGGCCUCAGGGGAGGACAUUCUGGCUCGUUACGUGCCCAUGGCCCGGGCCAUGGCGAGGCAGUCGUCGGAUCAGCCGAGCGUGAGCAACACGCAGGGCCACCUCGUCCUGGCCCUCGCAGAGCUGCUCAGCAACUCCGGAUCGCGGCACUGGAUGUACGCCGGGACGGCGAUCCGGAUGGGACAGGCGAUGCGGCUCAACAAAGAGUAUCACCAGCGACACGGUCUGCGGGAGCGCGAGUGUCGACGGCGUACAUUCUGGGCCUGCAUGCAGCUGGACCAGUUGCUCGCGUUUCUGCUCAGCAAGCCGCGCACCAUUCCCGCCAUGUCUUUCGGCAUCGCCCUGCCUAGCACGGACGCCUCUCUCGCCUACCGCGAGGAGACCCAGGGCGUCGUCGAGAUGCUCGAGGCCAGAAUAAGGGACGGUACCAGCCGCCCGUCCGACUUGGGCCUCGCGCCGUUCUGGCUGCGGACGGCCCGGCUGUGGAGCGACAUGGCUGAGUUGGACAUUUUCCACCGCCGGCUCCGGGACGGUCUGCCUCCGACAGACCCGCGCAGUGAGUUCGCCCGGCGCACCGCAGCCGUGAAUCAGUGGGCGACCGCACUACCCGAGGGACUGCUCUGGUCCGCAGAGAAUCUCGCGAGCUUCGAGGGCCUCGGUCAUGGCCAGGGGCCGACCUUUGUGGCGAUGCACCUUCUCCUGCGCAGUGCGCUCUGUGUCGCCCACCAGUGCUACCUGCCCCAGCUCGACGGCUCGUCCAUCCUGCUCGACGCUGUUGACGCUGCCGGCUGGUCUCUGCUUCAUCGUGAGGCGACCCUUGUCGCCACGUGUGUCGCCAAUGCCCUUGCUGUGGGGGACAUGCUGAGCCUGUUGCUUGCUCAGGGCCACCACCACCACAACCGACACCUCCUCCAGUCUGUCUGGGUUGCCAUGGCGGUCCUCGCGGCAGCCAACCCGCUGCUGUGGGUGCAGUACGCGCGGGACCCAGAGUACGCGGACUCGGACACGGUCCGGCAUGCAGAGCAGUCUUUCGACGCGAUAUGCUCAACGGUUGAGGCGUGGACAGACACUUGGAGCGCUGCCCGCCAGUGGCUUGCCUCGCUCCGCAUGAUGCGGCUGACGUAUCGCGCCGCGUACUUCGGCCUUGUCCCUGAUGAGCCUACAGCCUCCCCUGAAACCGGCGAGUCUGGGAUGAACGCAGAUGACGGCGAGGAUAGACGACAAGAUGACGACGACGCCGCCGCCGAUGACGAAAGCGACUACCGGCCUGGUCCUGGGGAUGGGUUCCUAAUAGACUUUGGGGUGCCGCACCUGUGUGCCUCGAUCCGCAUGAUCGCCACGGACCCCAUGGCUAAGCACGAGACCCUGCACUCUGUCUGGGCGUCACUAGCAGGUGGCUGGUCGUACAGUGGCCUUGUCGAGCAGAGCACGGACGCUGGCGUCCUCGGCCAGGUUGAGCCUCCUGCUAUGGAUCUCGGACACCAAUUAUGGCAGUGA